AUGGACCCUGAACAUGGAAUGGACAGUCAAGAUGACGGCGCGUCCAUCUACUCCGACGAAAGCGUUUGGAAAGGACAAGGACUUCAGAGCCCCGCCGGCACCGGCAAAGGAAAAAGACGCGAAACAGAAAUUCCAGUUGAAUCUGAGGUCGAUGAUGAUAGUACCGAAAGCGAAGAAAUUGAUGAAGAAACAAGUGAUAAAAGCAAAGAUGGAGGGGCUCCAGUUGAAUCUGAUGGCGGCGGCGGCGGCGGCGGAGGGGAAGAAGAAAGCAAAAUUCCUCCCAAAGCAAGACCUGAAAAGGCUUCACUUGGAGGUGGAGGAGGAGGAGGAAGAAAAGGGGGCUUAGUUUCACAUUUUCAAGACGGUUUUGGCGGCCUAGGCGGCGGUGGUGCUGGAGGAGGUGGCGGUGGCGGAGGCGGAGGUGGAGGCGGAGGAGGCGGAGGCGGCGGCGGCGGCGGCGGCGGCGGUGGUGGUGGUGGCGGCGGUGGUGGUGGUGAUGAACCUACCAUAUUCCCAUGGUAUCUCCGCGUACGACCAAAUGAGAUUAAUGAUCCCGAUCACGCUCAGGAACAGCGGAUUAUGUUAAUAUUAAAGGACAAUGUCGACGGUUUCCAGGGUUUAUUCUCUGGACCACAAGGCCACCAUAUCACUGACGGCACAGCAAGGCAUUCAGCUAUAAUAUUCCACAUCAUUCGUAACCAGGACUCGACCUCGACGACUACAGUGCGCGUCAACCAGGAUGAUUAUUCAUCUGAAGCAAGGGACUGGCAAAGGGCGAUCCUGGACCGAGACCCGAACUGGAACCCGCUGACAAUAACCGACAAUGAGGUUCCGAACACGGCCAUAGACUUCCAUGGUGUUUGGCCAGAACUACGCUGCGAGAACGGAACGCACGUAGACGAAACUCGAGAAACUUGGGAGUGGCAGCCGGUUCCAAAUGUACCUGUUGCUCCGAUUAGAAGCCGCAUGCUUAUGUAUUUUCGGGUCUUAAUGAUGCUGAUAGUUCUUCUCGCGUGUGGCAUGAUUUGGAAAUGGGUGUUAACAGGAGGCCCCGCGGGGAAUUCCAUUUUUGGGUCAAAUCCCGCUGUGGGCAACGUAAUCCGCGGCCCGACUCGGAGUUUUGACCCUCGCUUUGCGGUUCGCGUGGACUUGGAAGAAGCCGGAGCCGCUCUCACGAACAUCACGCCAAGGAUCGGGACAGAGAUCAAAGGCAUUCAGCUCAGCCAACUAUCCUCUGCUGGACUUGACGAAGUGGCUUUACUCGCAGCCGAGAGGGGCAUUCUAGUUUUCGCAAGUCUUGGUACUGAUGCUGAUAUCGACCAAGUUAUACUGAACACCAAAGCGCAGAGAGACCAAUUUCGCAGACAUCGGGUUCCAGAAGCAGCUAGACAUCGUAAAAUACUACGCGCCGCUUCACAAGCAUUCAACAAUGGGGUAUCCCGCAGGCACCAGCCCAGAGUUCCCCGUCGUCUUCGCGGACGAGACAGCGCCCCCCGCACAACCCACGACCUCUGGCACAUCGACCAAACCUUCACGCCCAACGUGCCCUCCACGACCUUCUUCUGGGUCCUCGAGACCCCUGAAUCAGGAGGCGGCGACACAGCCUUCACCUCCCUAACAGCAGCAUACUCAGCGCUCUCGCCCGCAUUCAGACAUCUGCUCAGCGGGCUGCGCUUACACCACGCCCCCGCCUCGCUCGGCGAGGUAUCCCGCGUAGGCGCAGAGCGCGCGUCAAGGGAAGCAGUCAACACGACGCAUCCGCUAAUCAUCAAGCACCCCGUCACGAACCAGCCCUCGCUCUUCGUGAACCCGACGAUCGCGCGCAGGGUCGACGGGUUCCUGGCCGAGGAGUCGGACCACUUGUUACGAUUCCUGCACGAGCAUAUCCGGAGCCUGGAUUUCAGCUGCCGGCGCGGUGCCGGAUUUCAGGGGGGGGGGGGGGGGCGAGAGGAGGCAUUUGGUAUGGGUUAUUCCUUAUGGGAGGAGGCCGGAGCCGGCGUUUACGGAGAGGUUUAG